AUGAAAUGGAGAGAGAGGGAGAAAAGGCACAUUGGGAACCUCCAUGAAAAAGCGCAGGAUUAUGAGGCAAUGCUGAAGGAACUGGAAGGUCUCAUUCACGGCAAAUCUGCUGACCGAGUUAGGGAACUCCUGGAGAAGUAUGAUUCUAAAUCAGGUGAUUCCUCUAACGGAAGGUCACACAACGGGUUCCAAGGACAGGCUGAGUCGGAGCGAUCUAGUUCCCCGAGUGGAUCUCUGGAGGGGAUAGAUCAAGUCGAGGACGACCUCAAUUCAUCAGCGAAUUUGCGGGCUACUGGCUUCAUGGGCAAGAGCUCAGAUAUUACAUGGAUGCGUCGGCUUCGGGAAGAGACUGAGCAGCGCGGGAAAGGUCAACCGCCGGAGUCCAAGUUCGAAGACCAAAGUCGCAAUGACCGCAUCCCUCCACAUCUGACAAACUAUCAUAUUGAUGACCUAGGCAUUGAUGCACCUGGACCGGUGCAGAUGUACUGGGUGCCUCCUCGAGCCGUCGCAGAUAAUCUGUUCGAGAUCUAUCUGCAUUGGAUCCACCCGCAUUUCCCAAUCAUUGACCGUAGUCUGUUUGUUAUUCAAUACGGGGACUUUUACAACGAUGUCCUCUAUCCCGGUGAUAAAUGGAUGGCAAUAUUGAACAUGAUCUUCGCCAUUGCGACAAACUACUUAUGCAACAGUGAUGGUACGAGCCAGUUGACGCACAGCGAACACCUGUUCUUUCUCGCACGAGCUAGGAUGCUCAGUAUGGGCGGUGAUAGUAUAUUCCAACAUCCGGAUCUUCAACAAGUCCAAAUAGAAGGACUGAUUGCAUUUCACAUGCUAUCAACAAAUCAAAUCAACAGAGCGUGGAGAAUUUCUGCAUUGGCUGUUCGGUCCGCAAUAUCGCUUGGACUCAACAAGAAAAUCAAUGCAUCCAAUAUCAAUGCUCAUUCCCUAGAGAUACGUUGUCGUGUUUGGUGGUGUCUAUUCGCAGUCGAACACAGGCUAGGCUCGAUGACCGGACGGCCGGCAUCUAUCUCAAUUCAUAUGUAUUCCACUCAGCUACCCCUUCCUCUUGAAGAAGAGCAGUUCUCAGAGCCCUCAGCCAUGUCGAUCUUCAACAAUUCAGAAGCCAGAAACAUGCGUUUAGACAUGGCUAUGACCAGCCCGCAUCUGCGACAAUCCGACAGACAGCGCACUCAAGAUACCUUAGUUGGACGCUCAUGGCUUCAAAGCCUGCCAGUCACCCCCAGUCUCUUUUUCCUAUACCACUCUGAUCUGACCGUUGUGAACCAAGAGAUCCUCAACCGUGUUUACACCCCCGAGAAUGCUAUGGCGUCUUGGGAAGAUAUCAAGAGUCGAAUAAGACAACUGAAAGACGUGGUUGAGACAUGGUUCUCAACCCUCCCAUCGGGACUGAACUUUACUUCCAUGAAAAACGAAGAUGGCCAAACCUACUGGGCAAAGACGAACCUGGCGUUCCUCUAUCACAGCACGCGAAUCCUGCUGGGACGACCGGCCCUCUGUCGACGUACAACACACGGGAAAAGCUCUGAUUUGGAUGAGUUCAGCAACGACAUGUCGGUUAUUACCCUGGAGUCUGCCAUGCACAUGCUGGAUCUGUUGCCAGAUGAGCCAAACACUCUUCAUGCAUAUCGAUUUUGCCCAUGGUGGUGCCUUCUGCACUAUAUCAUGCAGACUGCGACAGUAAUCAUUUUGGAACUUUCAUUUGACUGUUUUCAUAUGCCAGGGCGAAGAAACGAUCUCCUCCAGUGUGCGGGGAAGUCCGUCCGGUGGCUUCAGACCUUGUCCGAGCAUUGUAUCGCGUCGCGCCGCGCAUGGCAGCUAUGUGAGACUGCACUUGGCCAGAUCUUGUCUAACACGGGUUCGGACGCCCAGGAUGUUCCGCCACCUGAUCAGCAGCGGCACGACAUCUCUGUUGAUCCCAGUACCUUUGUGUCGCCUGCUUAUCUCAAUACGACCAAUGUGCAGAAUCCGCCACAUGAAGCCCAGAUGGUGAACCAGCGCAGCAAUAGUUUGGAUAUCACGAAUUCUUUGGCAUCUGCAUCUCUAUCUGUGCCGGGUAUGCAGGGGAACUCUGUAGAUGAUGCAUAUUUCCCCCAGGAUCCAAUCAGUGGGGAUUUCAUCCGUUAUAUCUUCCCUGAAUUGAAUGUCGAAGACCGCCUGCCCAGUGGAGGCCAGUCUUCAUAA